GACCUUGAUCUUCUGUUUCCCGACCAACAAGACCUUACAUCUCUCGCCUUUUCCAUCUCGACUACUUCUUGCGACACUGCAACUUCUACCACUGUCUCGCCCUUUGCGCCGUCAUUACCUUUAUCAACAACACAGUCGCCACUCCUCGCCGACACCAACAUCCCCUCAACUGAUCUCGACUUCCAACAAGGCUGGGCCGACCCUUCACCAUCGGCACCACCGCAACCGCCCAUGCACCUUUCCCUCGAUCAUCACCUCUCGUCCGACGACCCAUACGCCGCUGCUUCCCUCAGCCAUGUCACCGACACGCUCUCCACCACCAUGGGUCUGACCAUGCCAAGUGGAAGGAACACAACAAUGGGCAUGGACAUGUACAGGACAGCCAGCAACAACUCCGGCAGCAGCAGCAUGGGCUACGGUCAACACAACAACACCUCAACCAACUCCCGCGACCCUUCCACAACGCCACCAACAUCCCAAGCCACCUCAUCUCCUACCUCCAGUUCCCACCACGGGCAAGGCCACCUCUACCCCGGCCUAGCCCUCGCAUCUCCACCCGAUGCUUCCAGCAAGCCCAAGCGCGGCCGGCCCCCAGGCCCCAAGAAACGCGCCCUUUCUCCCACCGCCGCCGAAGCCGAGCUCACAGACUCCGAAGACAUUCUGAUCAAGCGGCAGCGCAACAACAUUGCAGCCAAGAAAUACCGCCAGAAAAAGAUUGAUAGGAUACAAGAGCUCGAAGAGGAGGUGGACCAGAUCAAGAGGGAGAGGGAGGAGUUACGGUUGAUGCUGGCGAAGAGGGAUGCGGAAGUGGGGAUGUUGAGGGAGAUGCUUGUUAUGGCUAAGCAGGGGGGGUGACGUACCUGAAUGCUCGUGGGAUUGUGGACAGGAUUGCGGGUUUGGAAUGGACACGGAGAUAUCUGUAUUGGGGUUGAAGGGCAAUGGAUG